AUGGCCACGGGCUUCUCCUUCGGCACCAGCUUCGGCUCCGGCACAGUGGCCGCCGGUGGGACUGCUCCUGGUGGCGGUUUCUCGUUCGGCACUGGCGCGUCCAGCACCCCAUCUGUGGGGCUCAACUUCGGGAACCUUGGGAGUUCAACCACUCCAGCAACCACAUCUGCAACUUCAGGGUUUGGAAAUGUGCUCUUUGGGUCUAAGCCUACCACUGGGCUCACUCUCAGAAUCAACACAGGAAUAGCAACAACUAUAUCUACAGGAUUAACACUGGGAACUCCAGCCACCACCUCUGCCUCUCUGACAGGUUUCAGUCUAGGUUUCAACAAGCCUUCAGCAUCUGCAACACCAUUUACUCUUCCUACUACUUCUACCUCAGCUGGUGCUCUUAGUCUUUCAUCCUCUCUGAUAUCUACUUCGGCAGCAUCCACAGGAUUUACUAAUUUGGGUGGACCAGCAGAGACCACUACAACUGCAUCAACAGGCCUUUCUUUAGGGGUGGCCUUACCUGAUCUGGGAGGUUCACGUUUCCAGAAUACAAACUCGGCAACAUCAGGACUUGAACAGAAUGAGUUAGAAUUGACUUUGGGAACUGCAGCUGCUACUUCAUCUGUGGGCAAUGAAGGCCUUGGUGGCAUAAAUUUUAGUAGCUCAUCAAAUAAAAAGAGUGAUAAAAUGCGAACAAGACCAGAGGAUAGUAAAGCACUGAAGGAUGAAAAUCUACCUCCUCUGAUCUGCCAGGAUGUUGAGAAUCUCCAGAAAUUUGUGAAAGAACAAAAGCAAGUACAAGAAGAAAUUAGUAGAAUGUCUUCAAAAGCAAUGCUUAAAGUACAAGAAGACAUUAAAGCUCUGAAGCAGCUUUUGUCAUUGGCUGCCAGUGGAUUACAGAGAAAUACUCUCAAUAUUGACAAAUUAAAAAUAGGGACUGCUCAGGAGUUAAAGAAUGCUAAAAUAGCUUUGAGAACCCAGAAAACACCACCUGGUCUCCAGCAUGAAAAUACAGCUCCUGCUGACUAUUUCAGAAUCUUGGUUCAGCAGUUCGAAGUACAGCUUCAGCAGUAUAGACAACAAAUCGAAGAACUUGAAAGCCAUCUGGCCACUCAAGCAAAUAACUCACAUAUAACACCUCAAGAUUUGUCAAUGGCUAUGCAGAAAAUUCAUCAAACCUUUGUAGCUCUAGCUGCACAACUGCGGUCUAUUCAUGAAAAUGUGAAGGUGCUCAAAGAACAGUACCUUGGCUACAGGAAAAUGUUUUUUGGAGAUGCUGUAGAUGUGUUUAAAGCCAGGCGAGCGGAAGCAAAGUGGCAGAAUGCACCCAGAGUCACCACUGGGCCCACUCCUUUCAGCAACAUGUCAAACUCAGAGGCCAUUGCCAUGGCUGCGAUACUGACACAGCAGCAGCAGCCUGCCCCAGGGCCACAGCCAUCUCUGGGAGUUAGUUUUGGACCGCCUUUGGGCUCAGGUAUUGGCACUGGCUUGCAGUCAAGUGGCUUAGGUUCUUCGGACCUUGGAGGAUUUGGAGCUAGCUCUGGUUUUGGAUGCAGCACCACAGGGGCCUCUACAUUUGGAUUUGGAACAACAAAUAAGUCCUCAGGAAGUCUUAGUGCAGGCUUUGGCAGCUCAAGUACAUCUGAGUUUAACUUCAGAAAUCCUGGCAUCACGGCAUCUGCUGGUUUGACAUUUGGGGUGUCCAAUCCUGCGUCUGCAGGUUUUGGAACAGGAGGACCGUUCCUUCAGUUGAAGAAAACUCCAGCUGGAAACAAAAGAGGAAAAAGAUAGACAUAUGGGUUGAUGUUGAGAAAUCUAUAGUGCAUCGUCAUUCUGAGUCUAUUUUUCUAAAAGUGAUGCAGUGGUUAAAUUGCAUCCCAGGAGAUUUACAAAGUUUUGAUAUUUUUCUCCUACUUUGGAAUUUGAACUUUAUUGUUUGCCAUGCUAAACAUCUUUUUUUGUGUGUGUGAAUUUAAAACCCAGUUGUGUACUUGUUAUUUUGAUUCUCAGUGUAAGAAAUGUUACAUUACUGAUUGGUAAAACUGUUUAAUCUAGUGUUAAUAAUUGUUUCUGUUGAUGAAGUUUAC